UGUUACAAACUAUUAAUGAGUCUGACGAUGGUUGGAAUACUGAUAUAUCGGAUGAGUUACAAGAAUCUAAUUUAUUAACAUGGAAUUUUGAUAAUUUGCCAAAUUCUAGUCAUUCUUCAAAUUCUAGUGCUAGUUCUUCUACCAUUAAUAAAUCAGAUAAUAUAGAUGAUUCAUUUUCAGAAAUUAUUCAAUUAGGAAGCCGUGGUAAUUGGGUUUUAGAUAAAAAACAAAAUUGGGUUUUGGCCGUAUUGUCACCUGCUUUUACCAAAAUGGCAUAUAUUAUUUGGAUUAAUAUACUAUUUACAACCAAUGCAGGUAAAUUUGUGCAUGCAACAAUUAAUACAACUGGUCGUAAUCUUUCAUUAGUAGCUGCUAUCCAAAGAUCUGCAAAUUUUGAUUCUCAUCAAUGGAGUACAGCAAUAACUUAUGAAAAAACUAAUGUACAUGAUUCAUAUCAUAAUAAAUCUUCAUUGCAACAUACAAUAAAUUCAGCUAAAAGAAAGCAUAAUUCUAAUGAAUCUUCUAUAACAUAUGAACAGGAACAACAGUUAAAUAUUGAUUAUAAAAAAUUAACAGUUCAAAAGAAUUUGAACGAUGAACUUGAAAGAGAAAUUAAACUUCACCAACAACUUAAAUCAUUAUAUAAUUUUGAACCUAAUAAUAAUAAUUAA